AGCGGGAUUUGGUGAACCCCUUCCCGCAGGCCCCCCGAGCCGCCCGGCGUCCCCAUCCCUGCCGGUGGGACCCUCACCCCGUCCGCCACCCACAGCCUCCUGCCCGCGAGCAGCCCGUGGGUGCCAGCCCGGCUUGGAGGCCCUGGCACCAUGAGCUUCGUGGAGUACGAGGAGCGGAUCCGGGAGGGCGACACGGCCAUCCUGUCGCUGGGCCACGGCGCCAUGGUGGCCGUGCGCGUGCAGCGGGGGGCGCAGACGCAGACCCGGCACGGCGUCCUGAGGCAUUCGACCGACCUCAUCGGCCGCCCCUUCGGCUCUAAGGUGACGUGCGGCCGAGGCGGCUGGGCGUACGUGCUGCACCCGACGCCCGAGCUCUGGACGCUGAACCUGCCGCACCGCACGCAGAUCCUGUACUCCACCGACAUAGCACUGCUCACCAUGAUGCUGGAGCUGCGGCCCGGCUCCGUGGUCUGCGAGUCGGGCACUGGCAGCGGUUCCGUGUCACACGCCAUCAUCCGCACCAUCGCGCCCACGGGCCACCUGCACACCGUGGAGUUCCACCAGCAGCGGGCGGAGAAGGCCCGGGAGGAGUUCCAGCAGCACCGCGUCGGCCGCUGGGUCACCGUGCGCAACCAGGACGUGUGCCGCAGUGGCUUUGGUGUCAGCCAUGUCGCUGACGCGGUCUUCCUGGACAUCCCCUCGCCCUGGGAGGCUGUGGGCCAUGCCUGGGACGCCCUCAAGGUGGAAGGUGGGCGCUUCUGCUCCUUCUCGCCCUGCAUCGAACAGGUGCAGCGCACAUGCCAGGCACUGGGGGCACACGGCUUCUCGGAGCUGAGCACCUUGGAGGCGCUGCCCCAGGUGUACAACGUGCGGACCGUGAGCCUGGCCCUGCCCGAUCUGGGUGCCGGCCCUGCUGAGGCCAGCCCUUUCCGCAGCGGCACCCCCAUGAAGGAGGCCGUCGGCCACACUGGCUACUUGACCUUUGCCACCAAGACGCCGGGCUAGUGGGCGGUCAGCCCAGAACCAAGAGGACUGGGGGUGCUGGGGGCCGGGAGGACCUUCGUGGCACCUGGAGGACUUUGGAGCCUGGACCAUGGACCUGGUGAUGCUGGAGGCUGGAAGGAGUGUGGGCCUGGAGGACCAUGGGGCUGGGUGAAGCUCCCCAGUCACGCUGCCUUAUAUGGCCACCAACUGCCUGCCCAGCCCGUGUUUUGAAAGACUGAGGGGCGGGUUUAAGCCUGGGAUCUCGUGGGUGGUGGCCAGGCGAGGCACAGCCCUGUGGAGCUUGGAGCACCCGCCCCAGCCUGCCCAGCCUGUGGGCGGAGCACAGCCUCCCGUGCCUGCUGGACACCCCUUCCUUAAACAGCCUCCACUGCCAGGAGCCUCGGUGUGGUGACCGCAGAGUCUUGGGAGGGGCGGUCCAUACAGAGGGGUCAGCUUGCCCACCGUGCCUCUCCCGUCACCUGAUUGGAAGAGACCCCUGCUUGUAAGGAGUAGUUCAGGCCCCCUUAGAGGCCCAUUAAAGCACUGCUGGCAUGGCCUUGCUCUCAUGACCCCCUGCCUCAGCCCUGGGGGCUUUGCCAGGGCAGAGCCUAGGCAGUGGGGAGGGGGCUGAAGCCUUGCCCUGGAUAGCAGUAAAUACUGAUUGCCCUUAC